CCUUGAAACCGCGGCGGCGGAUCGCUUUGAAGCUCCUCCUUUUGUUGUUGCGCUGUCACUCACGGGGCGGAUGUUUGCCCGGCCUGAAAAACAACCUUAAUUUUCUCCUCUCCUCGGCUCCCUUCUACCCUCCAAGCCGCGGAUAUGUGUGCGAAAAGGGACACCGUUCGCUCCUACCAUGGAUCUCAGUGAGAAGACUCCUUCCAUGGCAGCUCUAGCGCUUCGGAAAAACCAAGAAGACUACUUGCAACCCAACUCGAGUUCCCAGGACAUUCAACCUUCCCCGCUUGCACUUCUGGCCGCUACGUGCAGCAAGAUCGGUUCGCCCGCUCAAGCAGCCGCCGCAUCGUCUGUGCCCGCUGCCGUAAAAUACGCCGGUCAAGCCCCCGGACAGAUGAUAUAUCCGCAGAUUGUUAUGAACGAUCAACAACAACAACAACAACAGCAGCAGCAACAACAACAGCUUCUACUACAGCAGCACCCUGCUAUUAGCGUACAAAAUAACGGCUGGAUUGUACAGGUCACGAACGCAGGGACGAAAACAAUCAUGGCGUCCAACGCGAUGACUUCAGGCGAAGUGACAACCACGACGACGUCUGUCCCCGCCACCCCGACGAAAGGACAGGGAAUCGUGCUGGGUUCGGCUUUGAUGCCUCACGCAGGUGGCGUACCAACGCAGUACGCCACUCUCGCUCUACCAAUCCAGAACCAAGGGUUGGUCCCUACAACGCAAGGUCCAAUCGCGUACAGUGUCAUCCCUACUGUCCAGACUGUUGACGGGCAAGCAGGGACCCAAAUGUACACUCCUAUAUCGGAGAGUAACAUUAUCGCCGCAGCGGGCAGUAUAGCCCAAAUCCGACCCGUUUUAGCGAGUCCCACGACUACAACAGCGCCAUCAGCUGCCCAAGGGGUGACGGUACAAGUGCCGGUGGUCUCGCCCGCUGCCAUGGCAACUGCCAACCAGGCGGUAGCGUCACAAGCGAAGGGGUCAACUUCUGGAAGUGAGACGGUGAACACUGUACAGACACAGACACAGACCACCCCAUUGACUGUACAGUCAUUGCAAGGUUUGCAAAACUUGCAGAAUAUACAGAUCCAGGGUCUACAGAACGCGGCAGGCACGAUAAUGCAGCCGGUUUUGUUACGUGCGCCCGGAGGAAACGCGGGCAAUUGGAGCAUGGUGCAGAUACCACAGCUACAACAGGUACAGAACGUCCAGACGUCACAGGGUGCAACGACCUUACCUGCGGGCCAAACGCUGAUCGCUGCCGUCGCCAACAACACGGCGAUUCCGAUAAACACGGGGACAAACGCUCAGAUCCCGCCCAUGUCUCCGCAGACAAUCAACGUGGGAGCUAUCAGUAAUGCAGGUAUUGUAGCUACUGGUCAGCAGACUAACCAAGAAGCCAGCGAGGCCCUGAAGAUGGCUGUCCAGGCACAGAACUUAACCGUGAACCCCACUCAAGUACAGCAGGUUUCCCAGCAGCAAGUGAGUCAGUCAGGCCAGUCCAGCCCAGAGGAGUCCCCUCAGGGUCGGAGGUUACGUAGGGUCGCCUGUAGCUGUCCCAACUGUAGGGAGGGCGAAGGAAGAGGAAAUGGUGACAGCAAGAAGAAACAACACAUCUGUCACAUCGCGGGGUGCGGCAAGGUGUACGGGAAAACGUCCCACCUGCGCGCUCACCUCCGCUGGCACACCGGAGAGCGCCCGUUCGUCUGUAACUGGCUGUUCUGUGGGAAAAGGUUCACGCGAAGCGACGAGCUACAAAGGCACAGGAGAACUCAUACAGGGGAGAAGAGAUUCACCUGUCCGGACUGCUCCAAAAAGUUCAUGCGGAGCGACCACCUCUCCAAGCACAUCAAGACUCAUCAGAACAAGAAGACUCAGCCGCAGAACGGCACAGCCACCCCUACCAUCAACACAAACAACAACAACAACGGACAGGGCGGCCCCGGGGACAACAGUCCGUCAACGGACGCGUUAGUCGUGGCGGAGACUUCCAUGGAAGGGGGACAGGAUGAUGAUGAUGACGAUGAUGAUGAUGAGAUGCAAUGGACGGUAGUCUCCCCAUUGCUGCCCACCUCAACUUGACCAACAUUCAAGUCACUCAACAGCUGGCCCAACAUGGCAGGGUCAAAACACCCACCCUGCAGAUCCAGCCGGGUAACCCACAAGACCCAAAACAUGGGUUACAACAGAUAACCCAGGUUAGAGUGCACCAAGUACCCCAGCCUGGAGUGACCCAUGCUUCCCAGAGCGCAGUGGCUCAGCUAGCCCAGGCUAGAGUCCAGCAACUGUUGAGUCAGGUUAGCACAUCCCAGGGCACCCAGGCACAGAUGACCCAGGCUGGGUUCACCCAACCCAUCCAGGCAGGCACACAACAGGUGACCCAAGUCACCCAGCCUGGGACAACACAACUCUCACAGGCUGGCGUAGCACAAAUCCAGCAACCCACGCUGGCCCAGGUGGCUCAACUACAGGGUGGUAACCCACAGGGAAACCAGGGGUUAACUCAGGUGACCCAGGCAAUGCUACAACAAGCUGGGUUACAAGUGACCCAGGGUGGGUUACAGCAAGUAGGUUUCCAACAGGUUCAGCAGGCUGGGUUACAACAGGUGGGACUACAGCAAGUCCAGCAACCCACCCAGGUGACCCAGGCGAUGCUACAACAAGGUGCCGCCACCCAGGGGUUGAUUCAGACGUCCCAGGGGUUGGUCCAGGCCUCCCAGGGGCUGCAACUCCAGGGUCAGCAGUUAGCCCAGAUGGUACCGCAGACGCUAGGACAGGGUUACAUACAGCAGCAUGGACUCCCACAGCAAGUCAUCGCGGCGCAAGGGGUACCGCAGCAAGGCCUUAUUCAGGCAACGAACCAGUUUGGUCAGAUCAUCACUUUACCGCAGAGUGUACUACAAAGUCUGUCCCAACCACUCAUGCAGACUGUCCUCCAACAAGCCACCCCCCAAGCCUUCCAACAUGGUAUCACCCAGGGCUCCAUAGCCCAAGUCAUUGCCCAAUCAGGACAAGUUGUUUCCCAGCCUGUCAAUCUCAUGGGGCAACCUUUAACCCAGUUUGUCACCCAGCCAAUCCAGGGCCAGGUGGCGAACCAGUUUGGUCAGCCUAUCACGGGCCAGCUUACAAAUUCUCUUGGACAGGUGGUUGGGAAUCAGAUAGCUGUACAACAACAACAACAACAACAACAACAACAACAACAAGCACAGUCGCAAAGUGCUACAGGUACUGUACAGCAAACGGUUGUUUCACAAUCACAGCUACCACAGCAUCUCAGUAGACUAACUGCUGGGGGAAAAGCAGAUACUUCAGAGGCUUCAAAAUAAGAAUUUAUGUAUUGUGAGAAACACUAGAGACCAAAUGCUGUGAAUCAGAUUCAUUGGAUCUUUUAUGGUAAGGAAACUGUAUUGAAUAUUUGAAGCACAUAUUUGUAUGUGCCAAUGGCUGCAAUUAGGUAUGUUUUUCUUAGUUUGACUAGUUUUGCUUGACUUAAUAUUUUAGAAAAUCACCGAAAGUAUCUGUCAAUCCAUAUCAAAAUGCUUAUGAUGUAGAUGUAGGGUAUGCUAGAAAAAUUAUGAUCGGCAUAUGCUAUAAAAUGAGGUCAACAUACUUUGUUAAAAGUUCAUUAUUAUGCCAUUUUGACAGAAUCUUAACAAUGGAAUCUUUGUGCUGAUGAUGACAAAGAAGAUAAGCAUACUCAAUAUGAAAAAUGAUCAGAAUUGAGUCAUAUCAAGCCAGAAAGUGGGUUAGAUGAUUCGAGAAAUUCUUGAGCUUAAUAUGUUGAUUGUGCUAUCAAUGAUUGUCGUAGAGGGAUUUCAGCAUUAGACUGUAUAAUAUGCCAACACACAAGCAUGGCCACGUAAUGUUUUCUUUUGGAAAAGGUAUGAACAUACUGAAAGUUUGUACCAAAUAGGUACAUAGCAUUUAUUUCCAGCAAGAUUUAAUGUCAAAAUAUGGUCACGUACGUGAAUUGCAGUGAAUGUUAUAUAUUUGUAACUUAUGUCUAUGGAUGGUGAUUUUGGUGCAGUUAGGAAAAAAAGUCACAAGGUGGUGCUCUUAGACUAGCACAGAACAAAUCAUUGAGGAGAAAAUGUAGUUGAUAAUAUCAAGUUAUUAACUUAUCAAUCUUAGUAUAUAGAAUGAAUAACGUAUGCCUUAUGACUGUCUUGGAUGAAGAGAAAAUAAUAUUGCAUUUCUCAAGUAGUAUUUUCAAAACAUUAAAAUGCAGUAUUUAUCCAGAUAACAGAUAUAUGCGUACCAAUCUAUGAAAUGGCAGUAUAUCUGAAUUGUCAUGGUAAUGUUAUUGAUGCCUUAGCUUUUAUGAGAAAAGAAUAUUGGAUGUGGUGUGCUAGGAUUUUAAAAAGAACUUUUUGUGUUAGUUUACUACUACUAUAUAGGUCAGUUUGCUAAAACUUUCCUGUCAUAUGACAAAAGUAAAAAUUUUGUCAGUCUUGUACCCAAGAUGGCAGUAUUAAUUUUUUAGACUGAAUGAUAUAUCUAGUAGCAUAGUUGCGCAAAUGCACUGAAAUGUUUCAGUUCAAAUAUGAGUAAUUUAUGUUUAAAAUUUAGAUUUCAAAACAUAACUACUGCCUUGAACAUACACAACGAUUGAAAGAAAUCUAAAUUAGAAGCAAAGAAAAACAUAGGUUUUCACUGCUGGUGACUCUUUGAACACCAAUACAUAAUAAUUUUUUUGGACAAGAAAAUGGCUACUUGUUUUGCAUUCGCCCCUUUUGUUUUUGUAUGUUGACUAUGCUUUUGUUAUUGCUAUACCAAGCCUUAGUUUUAUUAACCGUCUUACCACUGAGUUCUGUAAUCAUUGCAUAUUUGGUGCAUGGAUGGAAAUUUAGCAUGGUUAGGGUUAAGUACUAUGCCAUUCUUUUUAGUACCUUGCAGAAAUCCUUGUCCUUGGUGCUUUUGGUACAGCUAUAUGUAGGAACAUAUGUGCAUAUUUAACUUUACUUGGAUCGAUGGAUGGAUGUCUCUUUUUGAUUAAGAAAAACACACUAUCACAAUAUUGUUUAAUGUUUUGGCAAAAUAAUAUUUAAGAAUUGAGGAAAUGCAGGCCUGCGUUUUCAUCACUUUAUUGUAAUUUCACAUUUUGCUUUGUGUAGGAAUUGUAGUAAGUUGUCGUUUUAUACAUAUAUAUAUUCGUGUGUGCAUAUUUAUUAUGGAAUACUCUUGUCCGAUGUGAAGUCCUCUGUUUUGUGAAUCCUGUGUAACUAAAUUGUAGGAAAAUAAAUGUGCUGAAUAUGAAA